ACACGACUGAGCGACUGAACUGAACUGAUAUUUGUCAAUCCCAGUCUCCCAGUUUAUCACUCCCUACUUACCCAGGAGUAAUUAUACCAGCUGCUACUCAUGUCUUCGCCAUCACCACGGAAGCCUCCGGUGUUUCCUCCGUGUGAAACCACGUCUGCAGUUUCCCGAAAAUGGAUUUAUCUCAACGUUACUUAAAGCACCCCUCAAGAAAGUGCUGCUGGCCAGUGCCCUCGGCCUUCCGACUUAUUUAGGAACGCUUGAAUCAGAGGAGAAUGCUUUUGAGUCAACAUGAAUUGGCUAGCUCUUUCUCUGGGCUUCGGCCUCUUGUUUCCAGUCCCUGAAACAUGGCUCUUUGCCUACUUUGCUUCCAUCUCGUGGGCUGACUCUCAGGGCCUGUUCCCAAGGCUGGAGAACGUUGCAGCUUUCAAGAAGGUUUCGGUGGUGCCAACCCAAGUGACGUGCGGAAUCCCAGCCCAAAGCACUUUCUGUCAGAGCUCUGCCACAGCUGAGGGCCUUCGGGUCUGUCCUCAGCGCCUCUGCAUUCAGGAUUGUCCUUUCCGAUCAUCGCCCCCCACCUACACCAACCUCUUCUCAGCAGGCCUCAGGGGUUGCAUCACCAGAGACCAGCGUGACCUGAGUCCCAACUCCCAUAACCAUUCUGCAAGUUUCAUUUUUGGAAAUCACCUGAGUUGCUUUGCCUCUCCUCCUGCUCCCAGGCUGGCGGCAUCAUUUACUCUAGCUGUGUGGUUGAAACUUGAGCAAGGAGGUGUAAUGUGUGUUAUAGAAAAGACAGCGGAUGGGCAGAUUGUAUUCAAACUUACAAUAUCUGAGAAAGAGACCAUGUUUUAUUACCGCACAGUAAAUGGUUUGCAGCCUCCAAUAAAAGUAAUGACACUGGGGAGAAUUCUUGUGAAGAAAUGGAUUCAUCUUAGUGUGCAGGUGCAUCAGACAAAAAUCAGUUUCUUCAUCAAUGGUUUGGAAAAGGAUAAUGCAGCUUUUGAUGCAAGAACUCUAAGUGGUUCAAUUACAGAUUUUGCCUCUGGUACUCUGCAAAUAGGACAGAGCUUAAAUGGUUCAGAGCAGUUUGUUGGCAGAAUGCAAGAUUUUCAAUUAUACCAAGUGGCGCUUACAAACAGAGAGAUUCAGGAAGUUUUCUCCGGAGAUCUACCCAGAUUGCAUAUCCAGUCACAUUGCCGUUGCCCUGGCAGCCACCCUCGUGUCCAUCAUUUGGAUCAGCGGUACUGCAUUCCUAAUGAUGCAGAAGACACAACCAAAAACAGGGUGUUACGGCUGAAUCCUGAAGCCCAUCCUCUUUCUUUUGUUAAUGAUAACAAUAUUGGUACUUCAUGGGUAUCACAUGUGUUUACAAACAUGACCCAGCUUAGUCAAGGAGUGACUAUUUCCAUCGAUUUGGAAAAUGGACAAUAUCAGGUGUUUUACAUUAUCAUUCAGUUUUCUAGUCCACAACCAAUAGCAAUAAGGAUUCAGAGGAAAAAGGAGGACAGCCUAGACUGGGAGGAUUGGCAGUAUUUUGCUAGAAAUUGCAGCACUUUCAGAAUGAAAAACAAUGGAGAUUUGGAAAAUUCUGAUUCUGUCAACUGUCUUCAACUUCCCAAUUUUACUCCGUAUUCCUGUGGUAAUGUCACCUUUAGCAUCCUAACACCUGGACCAAAUCAUCGUCCUGGAUACAAUAACUUCUAUAAUACCCCAUCUCUUCAAGAGUUCGUUAAGGCCACACAAGUACGACUUCAUUUCCAUGGACAGUACCAUACAACUGAGACUCCUGUCAGCCCCAGACACAGAUACUAUGGAGUCAACGAAAUUACCGUCACUGGAAGAUGUCAGUGCUAUGGUCAUGCCAAUCACUGUGACACAACAAGCCAGCCCUAUAGAUGCCUCUGCUCUGAGGAAAGUUUCACUGAAGGAGUUCAUUGUGAUCGCUGCCUGCCUCUUUAUAAUGACAAGCCUUUCCGCCAAAGUGAUCACGUUCAUGCCUUUAACUGUAAACCCUGUGAGUGCAACAGCCAUUCCAGAAGCUGCCACUACAACAUCUCGGUGGAUCCCUUUCCAUCUGAGCACUACAGAGGAGGUGGAGGUGUCUGUGAUGACUGUGAGCAUAACACUGCAGGAAAGAACUGUGAGCUGUGUAAGGAUUACUUUUUCCGACAAGUUGGUGCAGAUCCUUCAGCCAUAGAUGUUUGCAGACCCUGUGAUUGUGAUAAAGUUGGCACAAGAAACAGUAGCUUCCUUUGUGAUCAGAUCGGGGGCCAGUGUAAUUGUAAGAGACAUGUGUCUGGCAGACAGUGCAAUCAGUGCCAGAACGGAUUCUACAACCUCCAGGAGUGGGAUCCUGAUGGCUGCAGUCCGUGCAACUGUGAUACCUCCGGGACAGUGGAUGGAGACAUUACCUGUCACCCAAAUUCAGGCCAGUGCAAGUGCAAAGCAAAUGUUAUUGGGCUCAGAUGUGAUCACUGCAAUUUUGGGUUCAAAUUUCUCCAAAGUUUUAAUGACGAUGGCUGUGAGCCCUGCCAGUGUAACCCCCACGGCUCAGUGAACAGACUCUGCAAUCCUCUUUCUGGGCAGUGUGAGUGCAAAAAGGAAGCCAAAGGACUUCAGUGCGACACCUGCAGGGAACACUUCUACGGACUGGACGCCGCCGGUUGUAAGGCCUGUGACUGUGACAUGGCGGGGUCCCGCUCUGGGACGGUCUGUGAUGCUUGGACGGGACAGUGCGUCUGCAAGUCCAAUGUUGGGGGAAGACGCUGCAGUGAGUGUGUGGAGGGGUACUUCUACCAGCUGCAAAACCACUCUUUCCUCUGUCUGCCUUGUAACUGCGAUAGGACCGGGACUGUAAAUGGCUCUCUGCUCUGUGACAAAUCGACAGGACAGUGUCCCUGCAAAUUAGGAGUAACAGGUCUUCACUGUAAUCAGUGUGAGCCUCACAGGUACCAUCUGACCGUUGGCAGUUUUCAAGGCUGCCAGAUGUGUGAGUGUGACCCCCUGGGGACAUUACCUGGGGCCAUUUGUGACCCACGCAGCGGCCAGUGCCCAUGUCUGCCUAAUCGUCAAGGAAGAAGGUGUAAUCAGUGUCAACCAGGCUUUUAUAUUUCUCCAGGCAAUGCCACUGGCUGCCUGCCAUGUUCAUGCCACACCACUGGUGCAGUUAAUCACAUCUGUAAUAGCUUGACUGGUCAGUGUGUUUGCCAAGAUGCUUCCAUUGCUGGGCAAAGUUGUGACUAUUGUAAAGAUCUUUACUUUGGAUUUGAUUCUCUAACUGGAAGAUGUCAGCCUUGCAGUUGUCAUCUCUCAGGAGCCUUAAAUGAAACCUGUCACUCGGUCACGGGCCAGUGUUUCUGUAAACGAUUUGUUACUGGAUCAAAGUGUGAUACCUGUGUUUCCAAUGCAAGCCAUUUGGAUAUCAGCAACCCAUUGGGCUGUAGCAAAACUCCAUCCCAGCAACCUCCACCCAGAGGACAAGUUCAAAGUUCUUCUGCUAUCAAUCUUUCCUGGAGUCCACCUGAUUCUCCAAAUGCCCACCAGCUUACUUACAGUUUAUUCAGGGACGGUUUUGAAAUCUACACAGUUGAAGAUCAAUACCCAUACAGUAUUCAAUACUUCUUAGACACUGCCCUGGUGCCAUAUACCUCGUAUUCCUAUUACAUCGUGAGCAGCAGCGUGCAUGGUUCAACACGAAGCGCGGCUGUCACCUACAGGACAAAACCAGGGGCCCCAGUAGGAAGUCUGAAUUUCAGUUAUGUUAGUCCCGUUAGCUCAGACUCUGUGACACUUACCUGGGCUUCACCUUCCGAUCGUUCUGGGCCUGUUGAGAAAUAUGUUUUGUCCUGUGCUCCUCUACAUGCUGUCCAGCCCUGCUCUCGCUAUGAAGGCCCCGAGACCACCGCCACCAUCUGGAAUCUGCUUCCAUUCACCGAGUACCGUUUUGAUCUGCAGGCGUGUACUAGCGGGGGCUGCUUACACAGCACCCCUUUGACAGUGACCACAGCCCAGGCAGCUCCCAAGAGGCUGGGUCCACCCAAGGUGCGGAAGAUCAGCUCCACAGAGCUUCUCGUAGAAUGGGCUCCACCAAUGGAACCAAAUGGCAUAAUUAUAAGAUAUGAACUGUAUAUGAAAAGACUGAAGUCUAGUGGAGAAACAAGGUCAGCCGAAAGUCAAGUUUUUCAGAGCAGUGGCUGGCUCAGCCCUCACCCACUUGCAGAAUCAGCUAAUGAAAAUGCUCUCGAACCUCCAGAAACAAGCACAGCUGUCACUGGCUUGGAGCCAUAUACCAAGUACAAGUUUAGAGUCUUAGCUGCGAACAUGGCCGGGAGCGUGUCUUCUGCCUGGACCACAGGGAGAACGGGAGAAUCAGCGCCUGUAUUUGUGAUGCCGCCUUCAGUCUCCGCACUGUCUCCUUACUCGCUCAAUGUGUCCUGGAAGAUGCCACCGGACAGUGCAGCAAGAGGAAAAGUUGUGGGGUACAACAUCAGUAUGAUUUCUGAACAGUCACCUCAGUGGUCUCAGCCAGUGGUGGUUCCACAGGCAUUGUACACUGCUAAAUCCCAAGAACUAUCUUAUAUUGUAAAAGGACUAAAACCUUAUAGGAUAUACAACUUUACUAUUUCUCUCUGCAAUUCAGUUGGCUGUGUGACCAGUGCUCCAGAAGCAGGACAGACUUUAGCAUCAGCACCAGCCCAACUGAGGCCGCCUCUGGUUGAAGGAAUCAACAGCACAACCAUGCGUCUUAGCUGGCUGGCGCCUGAAGAGCAGAAUGGACCUUCUCCUGUGUAUCAACUGGAAAGGAGGGAGCCAUCUCUUCCAGCUCCGAGGGCCAUGGUGACGAAAGGGACUCGCUUCACAGGACAUGGAUAUUAUAAGUUCCCCAGCUCCACCCACCCAGUCAAUACAGACUUCACGGGUAAGCAUGCUUGAUGUCACUUUCUUCUCUAUUAUUCUAAUAUUCCUUUACAAUGAGUUUUUAUUAUGGCCGUUUAUAGAGAUGCCAGUAUAGUCUUUUUACACUUUAGCUUGAUUGUGUCGACAUACUUUUCUUUUUAGUAUUCUGGGGAAAAAAAAAAGAGGGGUAAGUGGAAGAA